UGUUUCAUUAACAUUUGUCAUCAUUCUUCGAUAUCAAAGAUCGAGUUGGACUUUUGAACAAUGAUUCAUCAGAGAAUAAGCUGGGUGCAAAUCCUUUGCGCUACGUUAUUUCUCAACCCAAUAUUUGCAGAAUGGAAUACAAGGGACUACAUAAGAAGAGAGCACUCUUUGACAAAACCCUAUCAAGGUAGUGGAAUGUCCUUGCCAUAUUGGGAUUUUUUAGGUAGUACAAUUGUAACCUCGAAUUAUGUGCGUCUAACACCCGAUUUGCAAUCAAAAGCUGGUGCUCUAUGGAAUACUGUUCCCUGUAACACUAGAAAUUGGGAACUACAGGUGCAAUUCAAAGUGCAUGGUCGAGGAAAAGAGCUAUUUGGUGAUGGAUUUGCAAUAUGGUAUGUCAAAGAGAGAAUGGAAAGUGGCCCUGUAUUUGGCAGUAAGGACUACUUCAAUGGCUUAGCAAUCAUACUCGACACAUACAGCAACCACAAUGGUGCUCAUAAUCACCAGCAUCCAUACAUAUCAGCGAUGGUAAAUAAUGGAACACUCCACUACGACCACGAUCGUGAUGGAACUCACACUCAGCUCUCUGGCUGCGAAGCAAAGUUUCGAAAUUUCAACCAUGAUUCACAUAUUUCUAUAGUGUAUAGGGAUGAUACACUUAUUGUAUCAACUGAUUUGGAAGGCAAGAAUGCCUGGAAGGAAUGUUUGAAAGUGGAGAAUGUCCUGUUGCCUACUGGGUACUACUUUGGUGCCUCUGCCACUACUGGAGACUUAAGUGAUAAUCAUGACAUUAUCUCUAUAAAAAUGUUUGAACUUGAUCUACUUGAAUCUCAAAAAAAAGACGAAGAUAGAUCUCACAUUAUCCCUUCAGCAGCCUCAUUCGAAGCACCACGCGAACGCAUCGAAGACGCCAAGCCAGCCAUGUCAGGCAUCAAAACAUUCCUCUGGAUGAUGUUUGUUGCCAUUGUAAUCAUUGUGCUAGUCGUUCUCGGUAUCAUGUGGUACCAAAAACGCCAAGAGCAGUCCAGAAAAAGACUUUAUUGAUGAUAGUGCUGUUCGAUUAUAGUGUGACAGUAUGGAAUUUAAUGAAUCGUGUUUAGUGUUAACUAAAGCCUUCGUCAAACAGAACGCGUAAUUAGCGCGCGUCAGAGCGCUAAACUGACGCCGCGCUAUGACGCCGAGAUGUGUCGUAAUACUAUAGUAACAUACCGUCAAACAGAGCGCCAGCGCUAUGCGCGCUACAUAUGUGUGACGCUAUGUUACCACAGUAGUACAUCACAUCUCGGCGUCAUAGCGUAGCGCUCUGAUGCGCGCUAAUUACGCGUUCUGUUUGACGAAGGCUUAAUAGUGUAUCAGGCAGUGAUGAUGACAAAUUGAAAUGUCCAAAGUGAAAUUUUUUAAGGUAUUUAUAUUUUUAUACGAAACAAGGAUCUUUAUAUUUCCAGGAUAUAAAAUAGUUUUUUAAACUAAAUCCUGAAAUUUCUUGACUUCUUCAAUCUAAUUACUAUAAUUAUUAGUAAGACGUAACUGAAAAAUACACGUUAUCACUAAAACUUUGUUUUGUAACUUGUAACUUUGUUUUACUAUAUAAAUGUUUCGUGAUUAUAGUAGAAUGAAAGUCAACUCUGUUAAAAAUCUAUAGACUGCGAUAAUAUUAUGUUUGUGUUUUUAAAUUUCAUUGUUAUAUGGAUCCUAGAUAAAUCAAUGCAAGUACAAAAUUUAAAGGAGAAUGGUUUGGUGAUUCUAAAGCAUAUAACUUUUAUGUGAAUCAAUAAUAAUGUCUGUAAUUUCGAAAUAUUGCCAACAAAUUUUUUAAGAAAGGGUGUUAUUAUCUAUAUGUGGACUAAAUCUGGUCAUAAUUUGGACAGCACUAUACUUGUAUUUAUGUGUCUGCAACUGAUUUUCUUAUUAUAACUUCACUUCCAUUGGUAUACCAAGUUGGGAAAUUGGAAUCUAGAUGUGAUCCUUCGAAAUACUAUGUAUGAUAUUAACGUUCAAACGAAAAUAAAUGUCUAAAUUAAAAAAAAA